CUCUCUCUCUCUCUCUCUCUCUCUCUCUCUCCUCUGACAAGAAUAUGGACCAGAAUUAUUUCCCAUUUCUUCCUUUUGCAUCAACUUCAUCUCCACCAUCUUCUUCUUCUUCUUUGUCAUUGAACACUACGAGUACACAGUUAGCAAAUUAUGGUACGGAAAGCCAAGGUAACAUGAAGAUGUCAAAUGGGUUCUUGGGAUUGAUGUCGGAGAUGGAUCAUCAGGUGAUCGAUAAUAAUAAUAUCCCGGCAGGUUCCGGUAACGUUGUUGUUUCUCAGAGCGGCUUCGAGAUUGAUCAUGUGCUGAAAUCAGAAAAGAAAAGUGGCGGUAAUAAUAAUAAUAAUUAUAAGGGACAGAAGAAAAUAAGAAAGCCAAGAUAUGCUUUUCAAACGAGGAGCCAAGUUGAUAUACUUGAUGAUGGAUAUCGAUGGAGGAAGUACGGUCAAAAGGCUGUGAAGAACAACAAAUUCCCCAGAAGUUACUACCGGUGCACGCAUCAAGGUUGUAACGUGAAGAAACAAGUUCAGAGGUUAACUAAAGACGAAGGGGUUGUGGUGACGACUUAUGAAGGCAUGCAUUCCCAUGCCAUUGAGAAGUCAACCGAUAACUUUGAGCAUAUCUUGAGUCAGAUGCAAAUCUACACCUCCUUUUAAUUCUCUAAUUUAUACAUAUAUCGUUUCAUAUAUAUAUUUAUAUAUAUUCGACUAGCUAGCUAGUUCAUGAUUAUAUAUACAUUCGUGUAAAUUAAAUCUACAUGUAUGUACUUUUAGAUUACAAACCAAAAAGUUAGCUAGACAGAAUAAAAUGGCUGGAUGUACGUACACUUGACCAUUACCAAUAUCGAUGAUAUUCAUCAGUCGAUUAGGUUAAAAGUUAA